AUGAUUAUUCUCUCGAUCGAACGCCGAGGCUCUCGGAUGACAGCUCGAUCUCUGGACCUUUUUUUUGAGCGAAAAGACCGAGCUUAUCCGGACACUAAGGUACUGUGGCAAGAUGCCGACACCAGGAGAACGUACACCUAUGCGCAGACUAAAGAUGCGGCCAUUGCUUUUGGACGGGGCCUCCGGAUACAUUUCGGCUGGAAAUCUGGGGACGUCAUGGCAUUAUUCACCGCCAAUUCUAUUGACACUCCGGUUGUCACAUUUGGCACUCUAUGGGCUGCGGGAAUUGUGUCUCCUGCCAGUCCAAGAUACACCGCAGAAGAACUUGCUUCCCAAUUGAAAGACUGCAGUGCCGCAGCGAUGAUUACGCAAUUCCCGACGCUCGAAGUAGCUCUACAAGCAGCAAAGGUGGCCGGCAUUCCCCGGGAACGCAUUAUCCUCAUCGGCGAUGUCCGAGAUCCGGAGACUCGAGUCAGGCAUUUCACAGACAUAUACGGCGGCCCGAAUUCAGGAGUACAGGAGAGACCUCUUGUAACCCCGAAGAAAGACCCGGCGUAUCUCAUGUACUCUUCAGGUACUACGGGGUACCCGAAGGGCGCAUUGCUCUCGCACCACAACAUUGUGUCGAAUGUGCUUCAAACCCAUGCAGUGGAGGGCCACCAAAUUACGCAUAAUGGUGGAAAAGAUGGAAGAGGGGAUAGGGUCCUGAUCUUUCUGCCACUUUUCCAUAUCUACGGACUGGCAUGCGGUGUACAUUCUCCCCUGUACAGUGGGUUUCAGGUCGUACUUAUGACUACAUUCGAUGUUCAGAGAUUCUGCGCUCACGUGCAAAACUUCCAAAUCACAUAUGCACAUAUUGUGCCGCCAGUCGCCCUUGCCUUGGGCAAGCUUGAUAUCAAAAGAAAAUAUGAUCUGUCAAGCCUCCGGAUGCUGAACUCUAGUGCAGCACCUUUGUCUGCCGAAAUGAUUAAACGGACUUUCUCCCAGAUCAAAGUUGGUUUAAAGCAGAGCUAUGGCCUUACUGAGGCUAGCCCAGCCUCUCAUGUACAACCAUGGGGAGACUGGAGCAGGGCGGCAGGCUCUGUAGGGAAACUGCUACCUAACAUGGAGGCAAAGUAUAUGACAAUCCCGGAAAACGGCACCAUAUCCGUUGAAGUCCCCAGUGGCGAAGUUGGAGAACUAUAUAUUCGUGGGCCCAAUAUUUUCAUGGGAUAUCAUUCCCAUCAUCAAUCCACAUUCUCGCCAGAUGGAUGGUUUAAGACCGGGGAUGUUGGCUUCCAGGACAUCGAUGGAAACCUCUUCAUCACCGAUCGUGUCAAGGAACUCAUAAAAUAUAAAGGUUUCCAGGUAGCACCGGCAGAGUUGGAAGGUAUUCUCCUUCAGCAUGAUGUGAUCAGUGAUGUCGCGGUCAUCGGCGUGAAUAGUCCAGCGGAGGGAACAGAGUUACCACGGGCAUAUGUCGUCCGCAGCUCGAGGAGCAGGUCUCAAAACACAGGCCAGCAAGUGGAGGCGGAGAAGCUCAGCAUCAGUAGGUGGUUUGAUGGUAAGGUGGCACCGCAUAAGCGUCUCCGGGGUGGUAUUCGCUUUGUGGAUGAAAUCCCCAAAAGUCCAACCGGAAAGAUCAUUCGGCGACAGCUCAGAGAGCUAGCAGAGAAGGAAGAGACUCAAACAUCUUCGAAGUUGUAG